CGCGUCUGAACAUCCUGAUGGGUGAAUGAUGGAGUCCGAGCUGCGGAUCACGUCCAGAUAAAAAACCCGAAACAACCCGGUUUCUGGUAGUCCGACCUGCUGAGUCCUGCACAGGUAACAGCACGUGACCUCCUGCAGCAUCAUGUUGGCCAGGAAGGGCCUCCUGCCGGACGGCUUCCUGCUGACCCGGCUGGCAGAGGACCAGAACCAGCCGAACCGCAGCCACUCCAGGUCCCAGAGAGCCCGCUUCAUCACCAAAACUGGAUCCUGCAACGUGGCUCACAAGAACAUCCGGGAGCAGGGUCGCUUCCUGCAGGACGUCUUCACCACCAUGGUGGACCUGAAGUGGCAGCACUCCUUCCUCAUCUUCACCUCGGCCUUCCUCUGCUCCUGGAUGCUCUUCGCCAUGGCCUGGUGGCUGCUGGCCUUUGCUCACGGUGACCUGGAACCCCGGGACCUGGAUUCCGAGCCAGGACCUGUCCCCUGUGUCACCGCCAUUCACUCCUUCACCUCUGCAUUCCUCUUCUCCAUCGAAGUCCAGGUGACCAUCGGGUUUGGCGGCAGGAUGGUGACGGAGGAGUGUCCCGUGGCCAUCAUCGUCCUGAUCAUCCAGAACAUCCUGGGUCUGAUCAUCAACGCCGUGAUGCUCGGCUGUGUCUUCAUGAAGACGGCGCAGGCCAACCGACGCGCCGAGACGCUCAUCUUCUCCAGAAACGCCGUGAUCGCCACGCGGAACGGCCGGCCCACCUUCAUGUUCAGAGUCGGGGACCUGAGGAAGAGCAUGAUCAUCUCAGCCACCGUGCAGCUGCAGGUGAUCCGUCGCACGGUGACGUCGGAGGGCGAGGUGAUCCCGGUGUGUCAGCUGGACAUCCAGGUGGAGAACCCUCUGAGGAGCAACGGCAUCUUCCUGGUGUCUCCUCUCAUCAUCAGCCACACCAUAGAGAGAGGAAGUCCUCUGUACGAACUGUCCGCUCAGUCCCUGGCCUCCGAGGACCUGGAGAUCAUCGUCAUCCUGGAAGGUGUGGUGGAGACGACAGGGAUCAGCAUGCAGGCCCGGACCUCCUACACCCCCGAGGAGAUCCUGUGGGGGCGGCGCUUCGUCUCCAUCAUCACGGAGGAGGACGGCCAUUACUGCGUCGACUACUCCAAGUUCGGGAACACGGUUUCGGUCCGGAUGUCCUCACUCAGCGCCAAGGAGCUGGACCAGACCAGAGGGGUCCAGGAGGGGACGUCGGACUCCCAGCUGCAGGGCUGGGGGCUGGUCCGGGCCGGCAGGGGGGGCUUCCGCAGAGGAGGCCGGGCCUGCGUAGGCUCCGCCCCUCAGCCCUGGUACGCCCAAUCGGAGAGUCCAAACAAGGAGGCGGAGCAGAAGGAUCAGAAGAAGACGGUGCAGCUGGAGGUGAUUGGACGGCAGAUGGAGGAGGACGAACUUAGAGACAUGAGUGACUGAUGUCUUCUCCCAUGAUGCAUUGCAGCUGGGUCCAGUUUUACAGAUUUAACCUAAAAAAAAAAACCUAAAUUUAAACAGAAAGUUCUAAUGAAGCAGGUCCAAACCAGAACAGAACCGGACUGGAACCAUGAAACUGAAGCCGCAGUGAAUUAUUGUGCUUUUAUUGUGAAAUACUUCCUGUCUCGUCAUGUUUGAGGGGUUUUCCCUCAUUUUCUGUAAAUUAUUUCAAAUUA